AUGCCAACUUUUCUUACCGGUUUAAUCAUUGGUGGAGCAUACAUACAUGAUUGUCGGGAUGAACCUCGACUACCUGUCUGGUCAGUGGUUCUCGGUGCAAUUGGAGUAGGCACCUACUUGGUGAUAAUUGGUCUCGUUUUAGUUGUUAUUCGAAGAAGACAUAAUGAAACGAAUAGUUACAGACAAUUGCUAAUCACCGCCUUGGGUAUAACAAUAUUCUCUAUGCUCUUUAUCCUCAUCUGGGGUAUUAUUGGUAUCAUUUGGACUUUCAACUUGAUUAAAUCGACCAAUCAUCAAAAUGAAUCUGUUAUAAUCAAUUGUAAUCAACAUGCAUUAAAUUAUGCUCGGGGAAUACCAUGGUUCUGCAUAACUCACCCGAUGAGCUUAGAAUUAUUCUUCAUUGAAAAGAAAACAUUAUCCGCAAAACUUGUGUAG